UGGAAAUCUCUAUCUCACUCAACCAACCUAAACUACAAAAUCAAAUUAUUAAGAAAAACAUUUGUUGUUUGGUGUUAUUAUGCAAUUAGCCAAUGUUUGAGUGUUACUAAUUUUUGUUUUACUGUAGAUAUUGUGCUCAACUUUUCAAUCAAGACUUCUUAAGUAAGUUUGAUGUUAUAUAGCUCAUUCAUAAAUGCGCUCCGAACUUCUUAGCCCAUUUAUUUACUGGGCUCAAGAUGAAUCUUCGGUGUUCAUCAAGAUUGAUCUGAAAGACAUUGCAUGGACUAAGGAUAAAAGUCUAAGACUGACAGAUGAUUCGGUUGAGCUUGAUGCGUUCGGGGUGGGAGCCCAUGGUGCUGCACAGUAUGCAGUUAGGUUGCGGCUGUACGAUGCCAUACAGAGAAUGGAGGAGGAUGACACGAGGCAUGUCAAGGUUACGGACAGUGGAGUGCAACUCUCUCUGACCAAACAGGACUGUCAAUGGUGGCCCAGGCUGCUGCACUCCACACAGAAACCUCCUUGGCUUAAAAUUGAUUUUGAGCGAUGGAAGAGUGAAGAUGAUGAAGAAGAUUAUCCAGAAAACGAAUUUAAAAACGGAACAGCUAAAGAUGUGCUGGGUGACUAUCCUGAUCUCUUUGAAAAGCUCAAGAAGGAUGAAUUUGGAUACAAGAAAGAAGAAUUAAAGAAAGUCUACUUGAUACUGUACAAUCUAAGCCAGUUUGUGUUCUUCACCUAUAUCAUCAUUGUCAUGGCGAUCCGAUACGCUAAAGACGGCCCAGAUUCCAUGGAAGGUACAUUUGAUGCAGUUGGGAAUGUGCUCAAGUUUUGCCAGCUGAUUCAAUUCCUUGAAGUGAUGCAUCCAAUGUUUGGAUACACUAGGGGCAGCAUUAUGAUACCUUUCAUACAGGUGACAGCAAGAGCGGUGGUUUUGUUUGCGAUGAUUGACGCAGAACCAAGAAUGCAUAAGAAACCUGUUGUGUUCUACCUGUUCUUUAUAUGGUCGCUUGUUGAAGUGGUCAGAUACCCGUACUACAUAGUCCAGCUGUACAAAUGUCGAGUGGACUUUCUUACGUGGCUUCGGUAUUCAGUUUGGAUCCCACUCUAUCCAUUGGGAAUCCUGUGUGAAGGAAUCAUCAUUCUGAGGAAUAUUCCCUAUUUUGAAGAAACUCAAAGAUUUUCUAUCGCAAUGCCCAACAGUUGGAAUUUCACUUUCCAUUCUCCGACAGCUAUGAAAAUCUACCUACUUAUACUCUUUUUUCCAGGGAUGUAUGCAAUGAUGACACACAUGUACAGAGCAAGAGUGAAGAAAAUUGGCGUGAAGCGUCAACCAAAAAAAGUCAAAUAAGUGCCAGUGAGAUUUGCCAUUUUUUCUUCUUUAGAAAUAACAAAAUAAGCUUAGCAGUUAUGACGUACCAUUUAUCAUAUUACCUUAAUAAUUCAUAGUAUUUAAAAUUUUCAGACUUAUUUAAUUGACUGAAAAGACGUCUUGGGUAUGAUAUUAACUUCCUCAAAUUGACUCAUCAUGUGUAAUCAAAAUUGAAUAGCAAAAAAAUUCUUUAAACACAUGUUUAGAGAACUGAACUAAAAAACUAAACUCACCAUAUUUGAUCUUGUAGUAGCAAUAAUCUUGAGUUAUCAUUGUUGAAAAAUUUCAAGCUGGUUGUUUAAUAUGGUUUUCUUAGUGAGAAUAUUUAUUUACUGAGUCACUUAUGAAUAACAAGAUUAUUCAAUGUUGUAAAAGUUGAAGUCCUGUGUGGUUUGUAAGAAAAGCCUUGAAACAUUUACUAUACUAUUUUGGUAAAUAUAUAUGAAAGAUGGCAGGUAUGGUCGAUUUUGAUUCCCAUCAUUAUCAGACCUAAUAGGUGAAUUCUGGAUGAUGGUUGAAGUGUCCAAUCAAAAUCGAUCACCACUACCAAAAACAUUUACUGUCUUCUUGGAACAAUAUAAGUGUAAAUAUAUUAUUUUUCACGUUUUGAAAUGAGGGUCUCCUUUUUACACACUGAAAUGGAAACUUCUUUUGCUCACUGAUCACAGUUCCAAUGGUAUUGUUCGGGAAUAAAAUGACGUUAUUGAUAAGACAUAUUUUUCCUUGCUGAAAAUAUGAUUACAUAUAAUGACAGUCUUAUCAAUUGUGAAUAUCGCUCAGCCAGUAAGCUUAUAUUGACUUGAGGUUUAGACCAUCUUUUCACUGACCCACUAGUUGUCAGUCAGCAGUGAGAAAUUAUGAUGUUACUCGGUUUAGUUAUCUUGUAAAAAAGUAUUAACUUUUAUUUUAAUGAUUAAAUGCAACCAGACAUAGGUCGGAUUUUAAAACAUACUUAGACAUAAAAUUAGUUACAUUUAGACUGUUUUUAUGUUACAUUUCUAGACUGUUUUUUUUUUUUGCUUCCACCAGUAGCAUUUUAUAUGAUUAAGAGUUUUUUUACACUUGAGAAAGUAAUCGAAAUGCCUCAAGCUUUAGAUUAUACUGGGAUUGAAUCAAUCACUAUUGUACAGGGAUUGAAUCAAUCACUAUUGUACUGAAUCCCUAAAUACUAGGCUCAACAGUAGCAACACUCCUACAUUGUAGGUUGAAAUUUAUUCCUCAAUUACCUAUGAUUUUGUAUUUUUUCUUUUUUUAUGGAUCAGAUUUGUCUUGUUUUAAAUUGAUUCUUGUGGAAAACUUAGCUUUUAAAUAUUCACCCUUUAGAAUAUUAACUGAAAUAGAAUAUAAGAACUUUAGUCUCACAUUUCAAACAAAACCUUGGUUAUAUGAUAAGAUUUAUUCUAGUCCAUAAAAUCACUAGUAUUUUAUGAUAAGUUGUUAUUGUUUAGUUGGUAAAGUUGUUGAUCUUGUAUGUGUGUUUUUCACCAUAUUUUAAUAAACAGUUUUCUAUUUCCA